AUGCGCUUGCUGCUUGUCCAGACGGCCCAUGGCCUGACUCCUUCUUCGGGCGGCUACAAGGCGAAUGUCUGUCUCCUACGCAACCUGAGCAGGCUGGGCCAUGCCACUGCCCAGGUCUGCUAUGCCUUCCCCGAGGAGCUCGAUAAAUAUGCUAGGAGAGCCAAGGCCAAGGGAGUCUAUCCUGGCGUGAUAGGCUUGGAACCUGUCAUUGUCACCGAUGGCAAGAACCAGGAGCACAAGCUCCAUAUCAACGAAUUUACCGACGAGUGGGGGAUACUCAACACCACCAUUGCGCGUCAUGAGUUCAAAGCUGCCUAUCCAGCCGGCGAGUUCUAG